AUGCAAAACGGCGGGGAAAAGUCGGAAAAAUUGGAGACGACCGCCGACUCGGAUACCGAGGCGCAGGUUUCGCAGAAAUUACGAGAAACUGAGGAGGUGGAGGAGCCGAAUGGAAUUACGGCAAACCAAGCAUUAAUGAAUAUGUGCCGGGCGACCAUCGGCACCGGCGUGCUGUCGUUGCCACUCGCCUUCAAGCAGGCCGGAUUAUGGUGCGGAUUCCUGCUAAUCGUCAUCGCCGGCUACUUUACAUAUCUGAGCUGCCACAAGCUCGUCGAGUCGUCGCAGGCCCUCUCGAAAAGGCACAAACUGAAAAAGCUGGACUACGGUGAGGUGGCCGAGGUCUCGUUUCGACAGAGCUUCCCCCAGAUUCGAUUUCUCGGGAAUUUUUUUCGGCUUUUCACAAACUUCUCCAUCCUGUUGAUGCAAAUGGGGAUCUGCUCAGUGUUUACCGUAUUUUUGAAGGAGCACCUGGAAGAGAUCUGGACUCGCAUAUCGAGUAGCCCCGCGCCUUCGUCGUGGGCCUUUUUCGGUGUGGUCGUCGUGGGACUGUGCUUCAUCGUCAUGGUGCGGCAUAUCAAAACGUUAUCGUAUGUGUCGUUGGCUGGGAACGUGGUGAUGUCCAUAGUAUUAUUGCUGGUUGUUCAGGACCUGGUCGGCCCUCCCUACAUCAAUGGCCCAUUGCCGAAAUUCGAAAGCCUCGGUGGAAUAAUCCUGGCCGCCGGCAACAUCAUGUACGCCUUUGAGUCUCAGGCUGUGAUCCUGCCUCUCGAAAACAAGAUGCGGCGCCCCGGGGAAAUGUUUGGGCUGCGCGGCGUGUUGUCACUCGGCUGUUCGGCCACCACCAUCAUAUACCAGCUCAUCGGCCUCUUUGGUUUCCUAAAGUAUGGUUCAGCGGUCCGAGGGGCGAUUACGCUGAAUUUGCCCGACACCGAGUUCUAUUUCUUCGUGCGUGUGCUACUCGUGAUCGUCGUCUAUUUUACCUAUCUAAUCAACCAAUUCAUCAUUGUCGACAUGUCCUGGCCAGGGAUUACGGCUCACUUUGAAAAAUUUGCGCUGUUCAACCGGUUGCACCUGCUCUUCGAGGCCGGCUACAAGGUGCUGCUCGUGCUCAUCGCGUUUCUUCUCGCCGCCUGUGUGCCGAAUCUGGGCCAGAUUACUUCGUUGGUGGGCGCGACGGCAGGGAACCUGCUAGCGCUGCUGAUACCGCCCUGCAUCCACACGGCCACCUUUCUACCCGAGUGGCUUGAAAAACGCGACUUCAAGGCGAUCGCGCUGCACAUGAGCAGCAACUGCCUAUUCGUCGCGUGCGGCCUGUUCUUUAUGAUCACCGGCGUCAUUGGGAAUUUGUCGGAA